AUGACUGAGCCAUGGUACAAAACUGCAUACAGUGUUGAGAAAAUCACUGGCUCCAUGAUCCAGGAAUGGAUGCUAUCUGCUCCUAAUGAAAAUUUGCAUCUACCAGCGCAUAAUGUGUUCAUACCUACUGACUUAUCACUUAAGGAUGCACAGGAGGAGGUAAAAUUCCCAGUUCUCUUAAGAAAGUCAUGCUAUUCAUCACUAUGGUACAAGCCUGACACGAUAUUCUCUACUCCCAAAGUGUUUGUUAGGAUAGAUUUCAACUGCCCCUUUGCUAGCAGCUCUCCUGAGACUGAAGUUCUUACUGACAUUUUUGCACGGUUGUUGAUGGAUGACCUGAAUGAAUAUGCUUAUUAUGCACAGGUUGCUGGUCUAUAUUAUAGCAUCGACAACACAGAAAGUGGUUUUCAGGUCACUGUUGUUGGUUACAAUCACAAACUUUGGAUCUUGUUAGAAACUGUUAUUGAAACAAUGGUAAAUUUUAAAGUGAAGCCUGACAGAUUUUCUGUGAUCAAGGUAACGCAAUGGUCUUUUUUUUCUGAUUCUUCUGAAACCCAAGCAAAGUGGUUGGAGCUUGUGUUUUAUGUUUCCUCGUAA